ACAACCAAUGGAAGCUUUCUUGGGACCAAAAAUUCAGGAACGUUCGAUCGAAAUUGAGGUCAAUGGAUUUAGCAAAAUUCUCCCGUAGAAGGUUCUUAAAAAUCUGAGAAUUAUGGGAUGCUUUGAAUGUCGAGGUAAGGACCGCAGGAAAACUAAGUCGAAAACGGCCGAAAACUGGGCCUGUGGGACCUAGUUCCCAGGGCUUUUCCCUCACUCCAAAUUGAAUGGUUACCAAGCUUCAACAUGGCGGACGAAUCACUUCGAAUGUGACUUGUAACAGCAAUCGCAUUUACUUUGUAAUGUACGGUGGCCCUCGUCGUCCAGGCUUCUCGCCAUUUCAAGGGCGAUCUAGAGCACCCUCAUCGAACUUUAGGCCGCGAUUCGAGAGUCCGGGAUUUCCGCCACCAGGCCAUAAUGUUUAUCCACCUCUUAGGCAACCUUUCCAACCUUCACAAAGGCCGUACGGGUUUAUGGACGGUCCUGUUCCACAAGGAGUAAGACCAGGAUUCCGGCCAGGAGCUUGGCAAGUAGCUGGAACAAGACAAGGCUUUCCAUCUAGAGGAUAUCCUGAACAACAAAGGCCACACAGGGUACAUACUGUAUACAAGAAGACAUGCUUGAGUUUGCCUCAUAGUUUGUCUGCAUUAAGCUUAAUUGGAGGGUAGAGGUCAUGGCAACAGAAGAGAAGAUUCACCAAGUAUUGAAGCUUACUACAGACAUUCAAUGGUUGAAAAUCCAUGGAGGGAGUUGGAAGAAAAAUAUCAAGAGAGGAACAAGCAAGACUAAGCAAAGAAAUAUUACAUUACUUGAAUAUUUGUGGAUAAAGAACUCAAAGAACAGCUGUAAAUAAAAUAACAUUUUUUUUUCUAGAUUUUGAUUGAAAAAUAUUUCUCUUGACUGAUGAUACUUACUCAUUUCAAGGAAGGAAGAUCAAUUUUAAAUUUUCAAAGCAAAGUAUGAAGCCUAUCUGUAAUUUCCACUGGGUUGGAGGUAGGGCUUGAACCAGAAAAUUUACUUCGAUCAGGAGCAGAGAUGCCAACCUAAAAAAGUUGAAUUCCAGGGGGUUGCCGAUUUUGCCUCUUCUAAACUCCCUAAAAUGUAGUGUAUGAAAUUGGGUUUGGCUGACUCAACUGCAAAAAUAUCCCCUAACAUUGUCCCUAAGUCAGCAAAAAUAGUGUGGAAAUAUGUGCUUUAAACACUCUCCUUUGAAUCCAGGAGAUUUGGUGAUCCAUGCAGGAGACCAAGAGAUUAGGUCUGUAUUCGCUAGACUAGGAGAUGAUCUGAGGGAGUUCACUUAGUUGCAGGAGGGGUAUCAUUUGCAUGGACAGUUUCAAGUCCUACAAAUUAUUCUAAGAAAUUCAAAAUGGCAGCCACUGGAAUGAAAAGCAAUUUUUUUUAUGAUUGUAAAUUGAUAGAAGUUAUCAAAACCCUUGUUCUCAAUAUUGGCUUGGUUUGUGCAUCACUCAGUGAAAAUGAUAGCUAGUACCAGUAAGGUCCCUGGGGGGGAGGGGGGGAAC